AUGAGGCAAACAAUUCACUCACCUCUUGCCCAGCCAGGCCCCUACGGUUACCCGAUGCGCUUCGGUGUUCGUCACGCCGGGAUUAAGGGCUUCAAGAUCUACGGUGCCAACCAUAGCCAGCCCUUUCGCUACAUCGAGUGGCAUACCCGACGCCUAGUUUUGCACCAGAGCGCCCAUAAGCGAGACAAGAUGGAUGACGAGGCAGCGACAUUUACAAUCAAAGUUCAUGACCGGAAGCUCAGCACGGUCCAAGAGGACGCUGAGCAAGGUCAAGAUCAGGCUGGCAACGAGGCCAUUGAAGAGGCACCUACCGAAGAAGCCCCUGAGGCCGCAUCUGACACCGAGGCUACCACCGAUCUUGAAAUCCCCAUGGAGCACACCCGCUGCCGGCCCGUAACCUUUCGGUUCGAGAUCCCCGUCCCGACCGCAUCCUCUACCACAACGACCAUCCUCGAAGCCUUCGAAUGGCGUCGUGCCCCCAGACACUGUCAAGAAACUCGCGGCAUCCGCAAGAAGUCCCUCCCUGUGCUUGAAACCGGCGACGAGCGUAUGCCCGACGAGAAAUUCGUCUAUGCCCCAUCGGGCUCCGUCCUCGUCCGCCUCGGGCCCGUUUCCCGUACCUCCAACACCGCUAUCACUGCCACCGCGACCCCUGUAUCAUUUACCGGCAAAAACCGCCCCCUGGGCUAUACCCGCGACGGCGAAGAAAUCGUGGCGUCGUACACUGCUUCGCGGGACUACCGUGCAUGGUGGUACUUCCAGUUCUGGGGUGCCGGAGCGUCCGGCGAGCUAGGCGAGGCGUUCACCCAUGUCGCGGUGAUGAGCGCCAUGGCAGUGUUUCAGGAUGAGCAGGCGGAGAAGAGGGCUAAUGCGGCAGUGAAUACGCUUAGUGGUGAGGUUGGGAACGCGGUGACUACGCCCAGACGAAGGACAGCGGGCCCCGCAGGCGCGAUGCAUGGGGUUGCGGGGAUGGCGCCGAUGCCGGUUGGGAGGGGAUAUCAUGGCGGUAGGAGGGUAGGUAAUGGGAUGAUGUAUCUGGGAAGGGUGUGA